AUUAAGAUAGCUGCACCCAUGUGUCACAUACGAAAUGGUUUUGACAGCGAUGGAGAAAUGACCGCUGUGGUAGGAUGUAGUUUAGGACAUUAAUCGUGAUGCUUACACAGAUGAUACAAAGCGUUUUAAAAAUGACAAUUUGAUAGUGUCGAUAAGAUAAUGGCUCGGGUUGUGAAGGUGUUUGUGACUCUGCGGAAUCAUUGGAAGAAGUCCACAGUCGCUGCGUGUGCCCUGUCUUACGGGGGACACUGGCUGUAUGGUAAACACUGGUGUGUAGCGUUUUCCUUCAGAAUUAAUGCUAUGGUUGUUAGAUCAAGUACAGAUCAUCACCAGCAUGAAUAUCAUUGAGCACGUACACACGAAUUGGUAGCUAUUGAGAAUAGAACGGUUCUUAUGAUUGAAAUCCAACAACACUGAAUAACAUGAGGAUGUUUUCUUUGUCAAUAAUUUGUUAUUGAUUUAUUUACAGUGAUAAUCUGCUGCGAAGAGAAGCUUGUCUGGUGGCCAGGGUGAGACAUUGCUUAUUCUGUAGCUACAGUUGAAGUCGGAAGUUUACAUACACUUAGGUUGGAGUCAUUAAAACUCGUUUUUCAACCACUCCACAAAUGUAUUGUUAACAAACUAUAGCUUUGGCAAGUCGGUUAGGACAUCUACUUUGUGCAUGACACAAGUCAUUUUUCCAACAAUUGUUUACAGACAGAUUAUUUCACUUAUAAUUCACUUUUUCACAAUUCCAGUGGGUCAGAAGUUUAUAUACACUAAGUUGACUGUGCCUUUAAACAGCUUGGAACAUUCCAGAAAAUGAUGUAAUGGCUUUAGAAGCUUCUGAUAGGCUAAUUGACAUCAUUUGAGUCAAUUGGAGGUGUACCUGUGGAUGUAUUUCAAGGCCUACCUUCAAACUCAGUGCCUCUUUGCUUGACAAUAUGGGAAAAUCAAAAGAAAUCAGCCAAGACCUCAGAAAAAAAAUGGUAGACCUCCACAAGUCUGGUUCAUCCUUGGGAGCAAUUUCCAAACGCCUGAAGGUACCACGUUCAUCUGUACAAACAAUAGUACGCAAGUAUAAACACCAUGGCACCACGCAGCCGCCAUACCACUCAGGAAGGAGACGCAUUCUGCUCCUAGAGAUGAACGUACUUUGGUGUGAAAAGUGCAAAUCAAUCCCAGAACAACAGCAAAGGACCUUGUGAAGAUGCUGGAGGAAACGGGUACAAAAGUAUCUAUAUCCACAGUAAAACGAGACCUAUAUCGACAUAGCCUGAAAGGCCGCUCAGCAAGGAAGAGUCCACUGCUCCAAAACCGCUAUAAAAAAGACAGAUUACGGUUUGCAACUGCAAAUGGGGACAAAGAUCGUACUUUUUGGAAAAAUGUCCUCUGGUCUGAUGAAACAAAAAUAGAACUGUUUGGCCAUAAUGACCAUCGCUAUGUUUGGAGGAAAAAGGGGGGUAGCUUGCAAGAUGAAGACCACCAUCCCAACCGUGAAGCAUGGGGGUGGCAGCAUCAUGCUUUGCUGCAGGAGGGACUGGUGCACUUCACAAAAUAGAUCAAGGCAUCAUGAGGAAGGAAAAUGAUGUGGAUAUAUUGAAGCAACAUCUCAAGACAUUAGUCAGGAAGUUAAAGCUUGGUCGCAAAUAGGUCUUCCAAAUGGACAAUGACCCCAAGCAUACUUCCAAAGUUGUGGCAAAAUGGCUUAAGGACAACAAAGUCAAGGUAUUGGAGUGGCCAUCACAAAGCCCUGACCUCAAUCCUAUAGAAAAUGUGUGGGCAGAAUUGAAAAAGCGUGUGCGAGCAAGGAGGCCUACAAACCUGACUCAGUUACACCAGCUCUGUCAGGAGGAAUGGGCCAAAAUUCACCCAACUUAUUGUGGGAAGCUUGUGGAAGGAUACCCAAAAUGUUUGACCCAAGUUAAACAAUUUAAAGGCAAUGCUACCAAAUACUAAUUGAGUGUAUGUCAACUUCUGACCCACUGGGAAUGUGAUGAAAGAAAUAACAUCUGAAAUAAAUAAUUCUCUAUACUAUUAUUCUGACAUUUCACAUUCCUAAAAUAAAGUGGUGAUCCUAACUGACCUAAUACAGGGAAUUUUUACUAGGAUUAAAUGUCAGGAAUUGUGAAAAACUGAGUUUAAAUGUAUUUGGCUAAGGUGUAUGUAAACUUCCGAUUUCAACUGUACAUUGUUCUGCUUUCAAGGAUUCUGCACCUGCAUUUACUGUAUUCAACUCUCUACCGCACCUGCUAUUUCAUCCUCUAAAUGCCCGGCUAUGAAAAGCCAAAUUACAUUUACUCCUGAUGUACUGACCUGUUGCAACCUCUACAACCACUGUGAUUAUUAUUUGACCCUGCUGGUCAUCUAUGAACGUUUGAACAUCUUGGAGAAAAAUCUGGCCUUAAUGGCCAUGUACUGUAAUAAUCUCCACCCGGCACAGCCAGAAGGGGCCUGGCCACCCGUCAGAGCCUGGUUCCUCUCUAGGUUUCUGCCUUUCUAGGGAGUUUUUCCUAGCCACCGUGCUUCUACAUCUGCAUUGCUUGCUGUUUGGGGUUUUAGGCUGGGUUUCUGUAUAGAACUUUGUGACAUCUGCUGAUUUGUAAAAAGGGCUUUAUAAAUACAUUUAAUUGAUUGAUAAUGCCCCAAAAUCCAUUCUCAAUCGCAGGAAUAUGGACGUCAGCAGAUAUCACCACAGGAGCAGCUGAGGAAAGCCACGGUCAUCCUAAACCCAGCAGCUUGUAGUGGGUAAGUAAGAGAUAACAGUCACAUUCCCUAAAGUCAAGCAAAGAGAAUAAGCAAGAGGUCCAGCUUAUGCACCACAGCCAUUUUCCAUUUCUACUGUAAUUUGUGUUUGACUAAUAUAUCUUGCUGUUCUCUUGCUUUUCCCUUUGAUCGUAGGAAAGCCAACACUUUAUUUGAGAAGAAUGCUGCCCCUAUAUUACACCUGGCUGGUGUGGAGGUGACACUAGUAAAGGUAUAAUUUUCUUUCCCUGUGCAAUCUUUCUUUCUGUACACUUCGGGGCCUUUAUAGUCUAAAGUUCUACGUAGUGUAAUACCAUAUGUGUCUUCUCUCUUGCAGACAGACUACGAGGGCCAGGCGAAAAAAUUGAUGGAGCUGAUGGAGCAAACAGACAUGCUGAUUGUGGCUGGAGGGGAUGGCACUCUACAGGAGGUUAUCACUGGUCUGCUGCGGAGGGCUGAUCAAGUAAGUUGUGUAUUAUCAUUGUAUUAUCCUGUAACAAGCUCCGUUAUGUUGUGCAAUACCAUCUCAGCUUAGCUGUCUCUUACUACCCUGUACUUGUUUGUUUCUCUCUAAUAUAGGAGUCAUUCAGUAAAACCCCCAUAGGAUUCAUCCCACUGGGUUCCCACAAUUCCCUGAGUGAGAGUCUGCACAUCCUCAGUGACAAUCAGGUGAAGUAAGUAUCCCACUGAAACAUGUCACACUCUCAUUCAGAUGCAAACAAAACACAUGCUAUCUCUCACUGAGCAUGUCUUUUUUAAAUGUAUGUAACUUUUAUUUAACCAGGCAAGUCAGUUAAGAACAAAUUCGUAUUUACAAUGACGGCCUACCCCGGCCAAACCCGGACGACACUGGGCCAAUUGUGCGCCGCCCUAUGGGACUCCCAAUCACAUCCGGAUUGUGAUACAGCCUGGAAUCGAACCAGGGUCUGUAGUGACGCCUUAGACCACUGCGCCACUCAGGAGCCCUGUGCAUCAUCUUCUUGAAUGAUCAAAAAUAUCCUCCAAUCUUGUUGUCAUUCAUAUCCCCUCUUGUUUUCAGACACAUCACAUCGGCGACACUGUCCAUCUUGCAAGGAGAAACGGUACCUCUGGAUGUGCUGCAGAUCAAGGUGAGACCAGGAGGGGCUGCGGUUUAGGGAGGGGUUAAGAUCUUUAUUACAUUGAAUCUAUAUUAAAUAACCGUAACUGCAUUGAGAGGAAGAGAAGAACAUUGUAUUGUGUUUCUGGGAUUAUGUAUCAAGGGAGAGAAAGAACAGCCAGUGUUUGCCCUGAUUGGUCUACGGUGGGGGGCCUUCAGAGAUGUGGCUGCCACCAUCAAAAAGUAAGAACCCUUCAGAGCUUUAUGAUAAACAAGUUUCUAUAUUCUUAUUUUCCCCCAGUCCCAUGUAAAGUCAUGGAAACAUUUACGUGCAAAACAUUCUAGUAAUAGAAAAGUUGUUUCUCCUUUUAACAAUAAAUCUUAUACUGUUGUUUUCUCUCUUAGAUAUUGGUACCUUGGCCCCUUGAAGACAAAAGCAGCUCAUUGGUUUAGUACAUUACGGGUGAGAACAUGACUGUUUUCAUUCCAUGUCCAUGGUCCUCAAUUGUUCCUCCAUGCAUUUGUGUCAUGCUGUUUUUUCCCAUCCCUCCCCCAGGAGUGGCCCCAGGUUCGCGAGGCCUCUGUGUCCUACCUGGCACCCACCCUUCGCCCCCCUGACCUGCCUGAGCAGAAGCCCCAGCGCCCCAACCUAAUGUACCGAAUCGCCCACAGACUGAAAAAUUACUGGUACCCACCUAUUCCAGGUAACAUUGUCUGUGUGUUGAUGUGUUAGUGUGUGUUUGUCAGUCUGGAAAUAACACUACACUUCAUCAUUCAAAUGUCCUUGCGCUUCUUCUAUUUAACAAAGCAUGAAUGGCAUUGGUUUUGUGUUUAUUCAUUAUUUAUUUGCACCAAAAAAAAACAAGUGAUAGACAACAAUACAGAUAAAAACAAUUUUUGUUGUUUUUUAAACAGUGUUCAGGUGUGGUUGGAAGCCCAAGGGCUUAUAUGAAAACCACACCACAAAAAAACAAUAUACAAUGCAUAAGUACAAAAUGUUUGUGCAGAGCCUCCCAAAGUGGAGGAGCCAGAGAGAUGGGAUGAGAGGACGUUGUCUACUUUAGAGCUGUCGAUCCACACCCAGAACAAAAACCCUGUCCAGAUGGUCAGUAACAAAAAACAGACACUAUAGCAGCUACUAAAACAGGCUCAGGAUGUUAAAACUGUGUUCCCUUGUUUGUCCCUCAGCGUAUAGACGACUCCCUGCUGGUGUGUGUGGAGCCAGACUCCUUCACUGUGGGAGAGUUCAUCACUUUUGGGUGAGCAGUUGUGGAGAUAUACUUUGUCACAUUAUCAAUGUAAUACCUGACUAAAAUAAAUGAAUGGUUACUCAUGAAGCAUGUGUAUCAAGGCUGUUACAUUUUCUGCAUUGCAGAGAGAAAAAAGCGGAGGACUCAACUGCAUUCACAAGAAAAUCACUGAAACUGGAGGCCAGUGCAUGUCGACUCAAUCUGCCCGAGGUCAGCUGUCUUAGGCCUAUAAACGUCAUAGACAAGACGCAUUACAGUCUUAUAGUUUAGAUCAUUAUAACCCUUAAACAAAUUAAACGUAUUCUUGUAAAAUGUGUUUAUUUGAUUGUGUGUGUGUGCGGUCGGCCCUUUUGCUCCAUGACCUCUGACCUCUCCCUACUGUCGUAUCCCCUCCCACAGGAAGGUGCUGGCUUCUACAACAUUGACAACGAGGAGUACGAGGCCAUGCCAGUGGAGGUGAGGCUGUUGCCACGGAAACUGCGCUUCUUCUGCAGCGCAGAGCGCAGAGAGCAGCUCCUCACACAGGUCCAGUGAGGGAAGCACUGCGAUGACAACACAUGCAGCAGACAGAGGAAUAGGGAGGAUGAUCAAGCACCUGGGGUAUAUUCAUUACGUCUUGCAACGGAACCAUUUAAGAACCAAACGGAAGCCAACAGAACCAAAUGGGGAGGGAUCUACCUGAAUUUGUCCAAUAGAAACUUGUUUUUGUUGCAAAAUGUUUUCAGUUUGGAUUAAACGAUUUCUGUUGCAAACGUUUUGCAACAGACAAACUGUUUUGCACCAGAAUCGGCAUAAUGAAUACACCUCUGGGUUGCAUUCAUUAGGCACCAAACGGACUGAAACAGGGAGGGACUAUCUUAACUUUUCCAAUAAACGUUUGUUUCUGUUUUCCGUUGUAAAAUGUUUUGCUACGGUAUGCCCUAAUACGACCCUGUAUUGUGCUUCUACCUCAACCUGGAAGUAUGUCUGUUUUACUUCCUUCCUUACUGUCACUAAACAGCAAUAAAACAGAGCCGGACGAAUGUGGAACCGUCUCCAGUGAGGUUUCAUUGUUACUGAAAUUGAAAUGUUCAGUUGGAAUGGUGUCAUAAUUAUGGAAGAUGACUGAUGCAGUAACAAGGACCAAACAUUUUGUUGCUGUUUCUGAACUCAGCCUGUAUAAGUCUGCCCAGCAGGAGUAUUGGUGUAACUGACUAGUUUACUACUGUAUAUUCUCAUCAUGUGUAACGCUCAAACGUGUAAUACGAAGAAUCUUAUUAAAUAAUUCAGUUAUGAUGUCCACAGUGUUUUAUUGCCUUUUAAUACCAAUUGAAAUAAACAGUCUUUAGAGGUGUGCAGGGAGACUUUGUCCGCCAUUUACAGUACCCUAUGAUAAGAUGAGAUACAUUGGCAUGAGAAUCACUAUCACAAAUACAAUCCAAUAAGCAUUGGAGAAAACAGAUGUUUUGUUUUACAAUGACAGUACUGUAUAAUAUCACUGGCUCAUGCGAUCAAGUUACUAAAUGUGUAUUCAUCACUGAAGUCUCUUUCCAUGUUUUACAGUAGUACAGGUUCUGGAUAUAGCUGUGUAGUUGGCUGUUGUUGGGAGUAUAGGUUUACGUUACAGUUGCUAUGAUCAAGGCUAUAUAAGUUGUUAACGUUCUUGUUGCAUAUUAGUGCUGAAGGACAACAGAUUAUGCUUUCUUUUGACAUUCAAUGCGGUGAAAUACUGUACAGAUAAAUUCAAAUGAGCCAAUGCUGGUACAGGUCUGUGAACAAUUUCCACAAAGAAAGCAUUUGAUACAAUACCGUUUGUGUCGUGUACAAGCUCUACUUCAUAUACAUGAUACACCUGUAAAACAAACGGUAGCAUGCCCAGGAUGUGCUGAAAAGUACAGGGUGGAACAGGUCAAAACAAACAGUUAGAGCAAAGAAAAGGGGCUAAGUCAUCAUGUGUGUGAAGAACUGUCCAUUUAAUCAUAUUAGCACUAGUAUCAGUAGUGUCAAUUAACAUGUUGAUACAGUAGUUGGAAGUCGUUAAAAUGAAAAACUUUCCCCCAUGCCUCUUUUUGUUUACAGUUAGAAUAAGCCUGUGGUCUUGAUUGAGUGCCUGCACUCAACACUAAAAGAUGACCCACUAAUUAGGCUUUAUAACCCACACUAUAGGACAGAACUGUCCCUAAUCAAACCUCAAUGAACAUUACCACUAUUGCCAACACUUACUGACCAGUCAAACCCAAUGGAAGCAGUUUGCAGUCUUCGUCAACACUAUUUUAUGAGUCAUUGAGCUCACAUCUAUUGGGCAAUGGCUUAAGCCAUUGAUUUAAUGAACAGUGUCUCUCAGGACUAUUUGAACAAAAUAACUAUCUCCAAUGCCCGUAUUCAAAAAGUCUUAGAGUAGGAGUGCUGAUCUAGGAUCAAGUCCCCCUGUCCAUGUAAUCUUAU